AUGGAGUCUUGUCAGCUGGCCCUGAGGAGCGACGGCCACACCGACAUCGCGCACCCCGUGGAGUACGUCGGUCCUGCGGGGAGCCGGGCGCGGCUGGUGUCGGCGGGGCCCGUGAGGUUAGGUCGAGCAUGUCCCCCUACAGGCGGAUUUCGGAGGAGAGUGCGGGGGAAGCAGCCGCUUGCCGCCUCCUCCUCUCUGGCCCUGCCGCCCGAGCCGCCCCCGCGCGGGGGCCGCGCUGGAGGCGAGAGCCCGGCAGCUCGGGCCUUCGCCGACCCCGACCAGGACGCUGUGGAGGAUCGGGAUGACGAGUCGGACGUUUGGGUCGCAGUCGAGGCCGUGGGCGACGUGAAGGGGGCCGCGGAGGUGCAUCUGGAAGACUCAGGUGUUGUCGAAGGGGACCGAGCCCUGAUCAAGCUGUCGCCCGACGUGCGCGCUUUCGCUCGGGAUGUGAAAGGUGGGGUUGCCAUGCCGGCCCCUCGCGCUGGCAGAGCCGACGGAGAUCGUGGCGGCAAGCCUGCCAAGGCUGAUCGCCUUCUUGAUGCUCGAAUCCUGUCCCCCGUUCGUUACGUCACAGGUGGCAGGCGGUGGGGUGAUUUCGCCAAUUUUGUGGGCCGUAGGCAUGGUGAGCCGAUGGAGGAUUUCCCGCUUGAGAGCGAGAGGUCGACGAUGUGGCUUAUGAGGUGCGAGCGCGGCCACGGUGGGACGUUCGACAGUAGGCAAACGAAGUGGUUCCUUGAGCACAGGAUUGAGCGUGCCACCACGGCGCGCCUAAUGCACGACCUCCUCGGCCUUGCUCUAGACCUGGAUGCUUGCUACGAUCAGCCUGGCGUCGCCAAUCUCGGUUGCAUCAAGAGGAUCAGUCGGAUGUACCAGCUGUGCGAGGAGACCACGGGCUCGUUGCAGCUGGAAGGCCUCGAACACCACUUGGGCCGCGACCGUGCCGUGCUGGUGGCCUCAAACGCGGGGUGGCUCUCUGCCGUGUUCUGGCCAAGCACGCGACGGACAUGCAGUGCAAGGAGACGGAUGUGCUGA